CAUAUAAGUUGCAUAUAUUUUUGUUUUACAAAUAGAAAGGGUGAUUGUUCAACAACUUUUUAUCGUUUACCUUGUCCCAUUUUGUUGACUUUAAAUAGAUCAAUUUAUUUUUCGCGUUACUCUCCUUUUUUUAACUUUUGUUUAUAACCUUUUUUAGAUAAAUCUUUUUAUUGGAAUAUUUUACUUUUUUGCAAUGACUGAUUCUAAUGAGAAAAAAGGAAACAAGUCGAUUAAAAAAGAUCAAAAGCUUUCGCCUGAGGAACUUGCCGCUAGUCUCGUGGAUUUUGUCAAAAUGAAGGUUGAACAGUUGGAGUAUCCGCGCUUUUUCUCGGCGUUCAAAUUGCCUGAGAAGCGCGUAUUGAUUGCUUCUAGUGACAGAACUAUUACGCCACUUAUUACAUCGGAUAUUAAAGUUGAUUUGCCAGUUCAAAAGGAAAGUCCGUCGUAUCGUGUAAAUGGGAAAAACGUCAGGGAUGCGCAAGCACAGAUUGAUCAGUUUGUUCAUGGAAUGGCGGAUAUGGUUUUCAAACCAGAAGAAUAUGGUUUUUGUUCAGCAUUGCCAAUGGGGGCUGUAAUUGAAGAAAUUCCAGUAGUUGAUCGAAAGACUAAGAAAAUUGUAAAAACUAAACAAACACAAACAGCGACAGAGGCUUAUCUCAACAAAUUUAUUUCUGAUUUUUGAUUUUUUUUUGGAAAGAAACCUAGAUCUCAAAGAUUGUUAAUUAUAGGUAUAUCUUGUGGGUAAUUUAAUAUUGUAGAAAUUGUUGUUUAAAAAAUGAAUAAAUUUUACCUUAUUUUGAUGGAAGUGAAGAAUAAAGAUGGUUUAAAAACCAUUCAAUUUUUGAUUGUUUAUGCAUUUUUAAUUUGUUUUUUAAAAGCUUUUACACAGCAUUUUUGUAUAAUAUUUAUAGGAUAGGAGCAAGCAAGUCUUUAAUAAAAGGCAUUUUUGACAAUUAUAAGAUUGCGGGUUUCCCCAAAAUUUUUCGCAUCUGACUCACCAGAAAGUAAAAGGAAUGAGAAAACAAAUAGGACGCGGUAACAGAAAGAAUAUUGGAAAAAUAUGGCUGUGUAAAAUGUCUCCAAAUAAUUC